AUGUCUUGCCAGUCAUUCCGUGCUAGUACUAGAGGGGGUGGCGCAGUCAGGAAUUACAGCUCAUCCUCAGCUGUGGUACCAAGGAAUGUGAAACGCUACAGUGCCGUUAGCACCGUCUCAUACAAAGGGGGCAGCAGUGUGGGCCCCCGAGGGCUAGGAUUUGGUAGCAGAAGUCUUUCUGGUGUUGCGUCCUGCAGGCCCAGAAUUGCUGUUGGCAGCUACCGCCCAGUGAGAUAUGGAUACGGUCUGGGGGCCCCUGGUCUUGGAUAUGGCUAUGGUACUUCCAGCUUUGGCUACAGGGUUGGUGGAGUCAGCGGGACUUGCUCACCAGGCAUUGCGCCUGUCACGGUCAACCCUCACCUCCUCCAGCCUCUCCACCUGGACAUAGACCCCAACAUCCAAAUGGUGAAACAACAGGAGAAAGAGCAGCUGAAGACCCUCAACAACAAAUUCGCUUCAUUCAUUGACAAGGUCCGGUUCUUGGAGCAACAAAACAAGGUGCUGGAGACGAAAUGGAGCUUACUGCAAGAGCAGAAACGAGUUAGGAGCAAUGUAGAGCCCUUGUUUGAUGCCUUUAUCAAUAACCUGAGGAGGCACCUGGAGGCACUCGGAUGCGACCGAAGUAAGCUGGAGACUGACCUGACCAACUCAAGAGAUGUACUGGAGGAUUACAGGAGAAAGUAUGAAGAGGAGUGCAAUGGACGAACCCGUGCUGAGAAUGAAUUUGUAACACUUAAAAAGGAUGUUGACUGCAUCUACAUGAACAAGGCUGACCUGGGAGCGAAAGUGGAAAGCUUAAUUGAGGAGAUCAACUUUCUGAGAUGCUUGUACGAGGCGGAACUCCAGGAGCUUCAUGCCUGCAUCUCAGAUACCUCUGUUAUUGUGCAAAUGGAUAACAGCCGAGCCCUAGAUUUGGACGACAUUAUUGCUGAGGUCAAGGCCCAGUAUGAAGACAUCGCAAACAGGAGCCGCUUUGAGGCAGAGUCAUGGUAUCAGUGCAAGUAUGAAGAGAUGAGGGCAACAGCUGGCAAGCACUGUGACAACCUACGUGACACAAAGAACGAGAUUAUGGAGUUGAACCGCGUGAUACAGAGACUGAAGGCUGAAAUUGACAGUGCCAAAGGGCAGCGCAGCAAACUGGAGGCUGCCAUUGCGGAAGCAGAAGAUCAUGGAGAGAUGGCCCUCAAAGAUGCUAAGUGCAAGCUAACAGAGCUAGAAGAAGCCCUGAUGAAGGCCAAAGGAGACAUGGCCCGACAGCUGCGGGAAUACCAAGAGCUCAUGAAUGUCAAGUUGGCCCUGGAUAUUGAGAUUGCCACCUACAGGAAGCUGUUGGAAGGAGAGGAGAGCAGGUUGUGUGGUGAAGGAGUCUGCCCCGUGAAUAUUUCAGUGUGUCGGACCCAGGGAGGAGCUGUGUAUGAUUCUGAUCCUUGUAUCGGAGGGGGAUAUGCUUCCAGCAGCAGGACCAUAGUCCGAGGUGGAGGGAUUGUUGGAAGAAGCAUCAUGGCUGGUGGCAGUGAACUGGGUGCCCCUUGCCUAUCAGUUGGGGGACACAGUGCUGGAAGUACAAAGAGCUCUAAUGUCAAAUUUGUGUCCACUUCCACUUCUUUUAGAACAAAAUAUUAAAACGAAAAAACAAAAAAAGGAGCAUUCUGAAGGGGGAACUCAGUGCUUCAGCGGGGACACCUAAGCCUUCUAGAAGAGCAUUUAGGGCUACUCUGCAUUCUCCUUUCUUUAGCCAGGUAUGCACACCUGGUAGGGAUGGGUGAGACAUUCGUUCACAUUAAAAUGCACACCUACAUAAUUCACAGUUCUUGAAGCAACAUGUGAAUCAAAACACAGGUGUCCUUAAAAUUUGCACUUCUCUGAGUCUUGGCAUGUUGUUCUCCAACUCACACAAAUGACACCCAAAAGCAUGCAACAAAGCACGUGUUAUGGGAAAGUGCACACAAAACUUCAUUCCUUGGGGUUAUAUAUUAGGUGAAGUGCAGAUGAAAAUGCACCUUAAUUUUCAGAAAACAGACACCCAAAACUUCUUUGCUGACUUGGUCCUGGUGGACAAGCUGUUUUCCACCAUUACCAAUCAGAGAGAGAGAGAGAGAG